AUGCUAACAUCAUCACCUUCCAGGUUGAUGCUACCAUCGCAAUACGAUGACGAGUCAUCUAGGAACUCAAGACAAAUUACACAGCUGGGGUUCUUGGUAAUGCUCAUGGUAUUGCAUACCUUUUCUGGAGGUGUCGAUACUACGAAUUUCGCCUUUCUGAAGAAUUAUAAUUCUCAACGUGAUCAACGUAGUACUCGGCCAAGAUCGCUUCGGUUCAUCCAAAGUCAAAGCGAUAUUGUGGCGAAUUCAUCCAAUGCUACAGCAACUACGACUAGACCAGCAGCUGUAGUCACCAAUCAUGUCAUGUAUACCAACUUCUCCUCCUCCUCCUCCACCACCACCUCUUCGAAUACGACGACCACCACCACCACGUCUUCCUCCUCCUCCUGUAUCCUUCAACCCAACAAUCCCAUGACCAAGGUGACCCAUCCAAUUCCAGAUCCACCACCAGUUGUAGAGGAAGGCAUAGAAGAAGUUUUUUGCCGCAUGCAUGAAAAUAUCCAACGACAUUUUCCCCAUGCGAUGCAGCAGCUGUAUCGAUGCUAUUCUAUGUGGAGGGACUACCCAAAAGCCAAACCUUACCUCACUGUUCCAGAUUCGGAUUGGCAACAAUGGCUAUAUCGUCACCCAUUCCUCAAUGGACUGAUGGCAGUCUUUCAUAAACAAAUGCACAUGUCCACAAUUGUCGAAGAAGAUUACUCUCUUCAAAUGCUUCAGGCGUAUGAAAACUCCAAUGUGACUAUAUUUCAAACCGUAGUAGGAAGUGACUACAGCAUACGGCACGUGAGAUUUUUGCAAGACAUUGUGCAAAAGGAGCUGCAACUUGAUGAUGGGGGUAAUGAGAAGAGUCGAGAUUCGUGUAGUAGUGGUACUGGUAGCCAAAAGAAGCCUCGCAUUGGAAUUCUCAACCGCUCACACCGACACAAUCGAUCGAUUAUCAAUGCCAAUGAGAUUGCGACAGCUAUUCAACGAUUCUCUCGGAAUGAUACAGUCAAAGUCAAAUAUUUUGAAGGGUCCUACUUUGAGGAGCAAGUUGCCUUCUUUCAGUCGGUGGACAUUGUACUGUCGCCGCAUGGGGCUCAAUUGGCGGGGCUUGCCUUGAUGAAUGCUCCCUGUGGUCAUGUGGUGGAACUCUUUCCAAAGGGCUACAGUGUUCCGAACUUUUUUGGGUCGCUAUCAGUGGAAAGCGAAAAGAACCAUUCGUAUAUAUACAUGUCUGCAAAUUCGUCACGUUUCGACCAAGCCAAGACUCGUAAGCAACGAGCGAAAGCCAGGGAAACUAAUUUUUGUCCCUCGGUCGACAUGUUGACCGAUUCAAUCCGCAGGGUAGCUGACGAAUGGCGACAGUGCUGCGAGGAGUCGAACCGAACCUGA